AUGCAGACUAUUGUUUCUAAGCUUCCAUACAAGCUGAGAGAAAAAUUGAAGGGUGUUACUUAUGAGAUGCUGGAAAGUGGCUGGGAGACUAAAUUUACAGAUAUAGUUAGUUUUGUGGACAGGCAAGCAAAGUUUAAUUCAUACCCAUUAUAUGGAAAUAUUCAAGAGGCUGCAGUGGAAAAAGAUAUUGAUAACUCUGUUGGCAAGACAAGCCCAAAAUCUGCUGGUAACCCAUCACAUGGACCUUCGUGUGUCCAUGCCAAUCUGUCUUGUCUAAAACGUUUUGGCAUGACAGUUUGUUUCCCAAUCUCUGGAAGAGAUUAUAUGAACUGGCAAUCAUCUCUUAGCUUUGGUGGGUCUCCAUUGACUUUUCAGCAAAUGAUGGACGAGAUUCUGCAUCCCCAUUACAUGUAUGUGGGAGCAUAUCUUGAUGAUGUGAUCAUUUUCAGUAAUGAUUGGAGGUCAGAUCUCGACCGCCUGCAGGUGGUGCUUGACAGUUUGAUGCCAGCGUGUUUAAUGGCUAACCAUAAGAAGUGCAGAUUGGACCAGAACCCCUUUAGUCAUGAUGAUGAGCACCUCAGAAUUGUACUGGUUGGGAAGACUGGAGUUGGAAAAAGUGCUGUUGGGAAUACCAUAUUGGGGUUUAAGGAGUUUAAAUCAACAGUCUCUAGCAAAUCUGUAACAUCUAUGUGUGAUAAGAAAAAAACUAAUGUUGAUGGCACCAACGUUGCUGUAAUUGACACCCCAGGGUUGUUUGACACAGAGCUUCACGAUUCAAUAAAAGAGGAAAUUGUAAAAUGUGUUCAGAGGUCUUCUCCAGGACCUCAUGCAUUUUUGAUGGUGAUUCAGGUUGGAAGAUUCACUGAAGAAGAAAAGAAAACUGUCAACCAACUUCUGGAAAUUUUUGGAAAGGAGUGUUUGGAAUAUGUCAUAGUGCUAUUCACCUAUGCGGACAACCUAGAAGAGGACAUCACUCUUAACGAAUUUAUUGAGUCAUCAGGAAAAGACCUCAAGGACCUGCUUGAAAAAUGUGAUAACAGAUAUCUUGCCUUCAAUAAUAAAGACAUUAAUAACCGUGAGCAGGUCAAAGAACUCUUGAAGAAAAUAAAGGAAAUGGUGAAAAAGAACAAUGGUACCCAUUAUACUCAUGCUAUGUACCAAGAGGCAGAACGGCUUAUCAAGCAGAAAGAGAUGGAGAUAAAGAGAGAAGCUGAAGAACAAAGAAAGAAGGAAGAAGAAGCACUCAAGAAGAGGGAGCAAAAAUUACAACAAAAGUUUCAGCAGAAAAUGAAGGAGAAGGAAGAGGAACUAAGUAAAGAGAUUCUUAUGCAAAAAGUUAAACAUCAAAAAGAAAUGGAAAGAAUAGAAAAGGAGAAAAAAGAGAUGGAAGAACAACUUAAGAAUGAGAAGAAAAGACUCGAAGAAGAGAGAAUCAGAAUACAAAGAGAAGCUCAAGAAAAGAAUCAUGUUGUAAGUUGUGAUCUAGGACAAACAAAUUUAUUUGAGGAUCUGUGUAAAUUUGUAGUAUCUCCUUUUAAGGGAUGGCGUUUUUAAUGAGAAGAGUAGGUUCAAAGGUUCACUUACUGUAUAUUUAGUUUAGUUUAGUUUUUUUUUAUUUCUUAACAACUAGUCAAAUGAGUUUGCCAAUUAUUUGGACUCCUCUCAGACAGUAAUCACUGCCAUAUUUAUUUUUUGUUAAUGUUAACAGUAGCCUACUAAACAUUUGGAACGAAGUUUAUAAAAUUCUGUCAUAUCUUGUAAAAGUGGAUUUCUGUUGAGAGUCUAAAAGCGUUCUUUAAUUCAAGUAUACAAAUAUGCACAGCAGGAAACAUCAUGCUUUCCAGUUAUUUUAUAAGAAUGCAUAUCACAAAUGUAAUUAUGUGUAACUGUUGAAUAAAUAGAGAUGAUAAACAUA